GGAAGGAGCAAUCAAGCCCGUUUUCCCACGCUCUCCUCUGCCUGUUGUCGCUUCCUCCCACUUUCUUUCUCUCUGCUUCAGCAUACUGCACUUGCUGCUUAGGUUUAGGGUUUCUCUCUCUCCAAGCUGGGAGUUUCCAUCACCUCCUCCGAUUAUCCUCAUUCUCUUCCUCGGCGACAGAACUCACAGUGCCUGCCCCGUUCAAUGCAUUGAGAAGUUGAAAGCUGAGUGCUUUUCUUACAUUUUCUAAACUCUCGCACCGCGCAACGCCCUCGUUUGUCUUUCUAACGCAUUCUUCUUCUUCUUCCUCUGCCAAGCAGUCGCGCUCCCUCCAAAUCUUUCUUUUAUUUUCUCAGUUUCUGCAAAUACCUUACUGACAAUCUUUCAUUUCCUUGAUUUUAAGCCAAUGCCGGAGUAGCUCCUUAGGUUUUUAGUGAAAAUGAGGUUCUUUGGUGGAACCCUAACUCUUAUCCUUUUGCUCCUCCCCGUCUCCUCUCAGCUACCUUCUCAAGAUAUCAUGUCCCUUCUCUCCUUCAAGAAAGGGAUAAUCCAUGACCCCACUGGUUACAUCUCUGACUCAUGGAAUGAAGAGUCCAUAGACUUCAAUGGCUGCCCUUCUUCUUGGAAUGGCAUUGUUUGCAGCGGCGAGAAUGUCGCCGGCGUCGUGCUCGACAACCUCGGCAUUUCCGGCACUGCAGAUCUCUCGGUCUUUGCUAAUCUCACCGCGCUUCUCAAGCUCUCCAUGGCGAACAACAACCUUUCAGGCGCUUUACCGGGAAAUCUGGGAAACUUUAAAGCCCUCAAAUACUUGGAUAUCUCCUUUAAUUUAUUCCAUGGAGAGAUACCAAAAGAUUUUGGGAAGCUUCAGAGCAUCCAAAACUUAUCUUUUGCUGGAAACAACUUCUCUGGUUCGCUUCCAGAUUCCAUUGGAGAUAUUGAUUCAGUUAGAUCUCUUGAUAUGAGCCAUAACCAUCUUUCAGGCUCCUUGCCUUCUUCCUUGAAGGCUCUCAAGUCAUUACUGUCAUUGAAUCUUUCUUUCAAUGAAUUUGAGAAGGGGAUUCCGACUGGUUUGGAUGUGAUUUCAAGUUUGGAAUCCAUUGAUUUGAGCUGGAACAAAUUGGAUGGUGAUGUUGAUUGGGAAUUUCUAAUGCAGACUGGUGCUGUUAAUAUUGAUUUCAGUGGGAAUUCUCUCACAAGUUCUAAUUCGAAUGAGAUGAAGUUUCUGUCUCAGGUAUCAGAUUCGGUUAAGUAUCUCAAUCUGAGCCAUAACCAGUUGACCGGAUCCCUGAUUGAUGGAGGCGAGCUUUCUACUUUUGGAAGUUUGAGAGUAUUGGAUUUGAGCUACAAUCGGCUGUCCGGGCCGCUGCCGGGGUUUGAUUAUGUGUAUGAUCUUGAGAUUCUUAGGCUUGGAAACAAUGAUUUUAAUGGAUUUCUACCGAAUGGGCUGCUUAAAGGUGAUACUUUGGUGCUGAAUGAAUUGGAUUUGAGUGCAAAUAAUCUCUCAGGGCAUAUCGGAUUGAUAACGUCAACAACGUUACGAAUACUCAAUCUAUCCUCUAAUUCAAUAACCGGGGAACUUCCAUUGCUUACCGGGAGUUGCACGAUACUCGACCUUUCGAAAAACCAGAUCAGUGGAAACUUAUCAGUCACUGCAAAAUGGAGUAAUGAUCUCGAGCACAUUGACCUCAGCCAGAAUCAAUUGAGAGGACCUAUUCCAGAAGUAACUUCGCAGUUUCUUCGGUUAAAUUUUCUUAGUAUUUCCCAAAACUCGCUCUUUGGGACUCUUCCUGAAGUUCUGGUUCAGUACCCUAAGAUUACCAUCCUUGAUCUUAGCUCAAACCAGUUUAGUGGUCCUAUGCUUCCUGAUUUACUAUCAUCUUCUUCAUUACACGAGCUUUAUCUCCAAAACAAUUUACUUGCUGGGGACAUCAAGUUUUCUCCAUCCUCACCCACCAGACCCAGCCUUCAGAUUCUUAAACUUGGCAGAAACCAUUUUAGUGGAAGUUUCCCCAACGAUUUUGCUUUUUUAACUGGCUUACAAUUGCUGGAUAUAUCUGCAAACAAUUUCUCUGGUAAUUUGCCUCCCACUGUUACCAAACUAAUUUCUUUGAAUUCCCUGGACGUUUCCCAGAACCAUUUCACAGGUCCUUUGCCAACAACAUUGCCCAACACACUCAUAUUCUUCAAUGCAUCUUACAAUGAGCUAUCCGGAAUUGUUCCGGAAAACUUGAGGAAGUUUCCGGAUUCUUCUUUCUACCCCGGGAAUUCGAAGUUGGUGUUUCCAGGUGGCUCACCUGGAUCUGGCGGUUCGCUGUUUGGAAGCUCAACUCGCAAACAUAUGAGAUCAUUCAUAAAAGCAGUGAUAAUUGCAGCUUGUAUUGUUUUUUUUAUCGUAUUUAUCCUCAUUUUGGUUCUUGUGAGAUGCAAGAGAAUAUCAAGUAUAUCCCAGACCGAGAGGGUUGUCGUCGACAAGAAUUCACGUAGAAGGACAACACCCAAUACUUCAAGGGGGAAGGGAAGCGAUGCCGGAAGCACAUUGGUUGUGUCGGCGGGAGAUCUGAUCACCCCGAGAAAAGAGUCGUCAUCCGAGAUAAUCGGUUUGGAAGAGAAAAUAUCUGCAGGGGUAGGGCUUUCGCCAUCAAAGAACAGCCGUAUCUCAUGGUCGCCUGAUUCCGGUGAGACGUAUAUUCCAGAAAACCUAGCGAGUUUGGACGCUCGAUCGCCCGAUAGAUUGGCCGGCGAUCUACAUUUCUUGGAUGAGACCAUAACCCUGACUCCAGAGGAAUUGUCGAGGGCUCCGGCUGAAGUACUGGGAAGGAGUAGCCAUGGCACUUCUUAUCGGGCGACACUCGAUAAUGGUUUGUUCUUGACUGUAAAAUGGCUGAGGGAAGGUGUGGCGAAACCGAAGAAGGAAUUCACCAAAGAGGCUAAGAAGUUUGCGAACAUUCGGCAUCCAAAUGUGGUUGGGCUGCGAGGUUACUAUUGGGGACCUACACAGCAUGAGAAGCUCAUUUUAUCGGAUUAUAUUUCGCCCGGAAGCCUCAGUAGUUUUCUUUAUGAUCGACCGGGUAGAAGAGGGCCGCCUCUAACCUGGGCUCAGAGGCUGAAGAUUGCCGUCGACGUCGCACGCGGCCUAAACUACCUCCACUUCGAUCGCGCCAUGCCGCAUGGCAACCUUAAAACCACCAACAUCCUGUUGGAUGGCCUCGAUCUGAACGCUCGAGUGUCCGACUACUGCCUCCAUCGCUUAAUGACCCCUGCCGGAACCACCGAUCAGAUCCACGACUCCGGUGUUCUUGGUUACUGUGCUCCGGAGCUCGCCGGAUCGAAGAAGCCCGCUCCGUCGUUUAAAUCAGACACGUACGCCUUUGGAGUCGUGCUUUUGGAGCUUCUGACCGGCAGAUGUGCCGGCGAUGUGGUCUCCGGCGAAGAGGGCGGAGUUGAUCUGACUGAUUGGGUGAGGCUGAGGGUUGCGGAAGGGAGGGGAUCGGAUUGCUUUGAUGCGGCCAUGGCUGCUGAUACGGCGAACACGGCUGCUGUUAGAGGUAUGAAGGAAAUGUUGGGGAUAGCUUUGAGAUGCAUUCGACCGGUUUCAGAGAGACCAGGUAUCAAAUCUGUUUAUGAGGAUCUCUCAUCGAUUUGAUUUUUGUAUAAAACCGCCUGUAGACCUUUUAAAGAAAUUGCAGCUCUGUAGCCUCAUCUCAAGGCUGUCAGUUUUAAUUUUUAGCAGAUCUUUUGAUGAACUGUAGUUGGCCUUUAUUGUUCUGUAAUGAAAGUUUCUCUAUUUAUGAA